AUGUUAAAAACAAUCCGGUACUCGUUAAUUGUUAUGUCAACCCUGUUUCGUGUUACCUGAGAAGGGCGGGGAAUAAAGUUCUGCACGGAUGCACUGCAUGAUUGUCCCAUUAUGUCAUUUUCGUUCCGACAUUGGAAAUGGAAGGAAAUGGAUUUUAGUAACAAGUGAAACUUCAAAGUGAUUAGAAUGAAGAUCCUGGUAACAACAGUUCUGGUUCUUGUGCUGAUAAACCGAGCGAGUGCAGUACCUGUUAUACAUGUUAUUGACAUAUACCUCCCUGAGGAUGUUAACACAACGGGAACGUAUAUUGUCUGGCCAAUAAAUUCAACUGAUCUAGAUGGUGACGAAAAUGCAACAUUUGGAAUAGUAUCCCAAAGUAAUACGUAUACUUUUGAAAUCAGUGACAAUGCAAUAGUGACCUCGGCAACAUUUGACUUCGAAACAACUAAGAACUACACAGUUGUUAUUAACGCUACAGACACUUCGACAUUCGAGUCAUCGACGGCGACAUUAACGGUGUAUAUCACAGAUGUUAACGAUAAUGAUCCUACAUUUACAUCAGGCACAUCGCUUCUUGUCCUAGAAACUGCAAAUAUAGGUGAUGUACUUUAUAAUGCUACAACUGAAGACAAAGACACGGUUGGAAACGUCACUUAUACUUUAUUGGAUGGGAACAGAAACAGUGACUUCGCUAUAGGACCUUCAAGUGGUGCGUUGACACUCCAGAACAAACUUGAUCCACAAAACGAGACAGAAUUAGUAUACGAUCUUGUUAUAGAGGCAAAUGAUUCAGUAAAUACAGCCUACCUGAAUCUUACAGUAAAUGUGAAAACAGCGCCGAUCUUAGAUAUCAUAAAUGCAAGUAUCACAGAAAACACGAACACCAGCGGACCCUAUGAGCUGUGGAAUAUUACAUGGUCCGAUCUAGAUGGUGAUCUAAAUCCUACAGUAGAAAUUGCUGUUGAAAGUGUUCCCGGUACAUUCCAAAUCAUAAAUGAUUCUGUUCUUGUAACAAGUGCGGAGUUUGAUUACGAAAAUACGACUUCAUAUACAGUUACCAUGAUAAUCACAGACGUGCACGGCUUAACGUCAAACAAUACAUUACCUUUAUACGUCACCGACGAGAACGAUGUGACUCCCGUAUUUGUUACUGAUUCAACACUCGACAUUUCUGAGAAAAUAGCAAUUGGGUCCGUUGUAUAUGCAGCAAAUGUAACAGAUCCCGACACCAAUCCGUCUAUACAGUACGUUAUUACAGAUGGAAACACAGACGGCUUUUUCAGUAUAAAUCUAACAGACGGAACUGUGACACUUGAAAAAGAGUUUAACUCUACCACAAGUUUGGAAUUCAACCUUACACUACAGGCCAAUGAUACUGUCAACGUAGGGGAGUUGAUACUUACUGUCAAUGUCAUAACAGUGCCAGUAAUUAAUGCAUUUAAAAUUAACAUCACGGAGAACAGUGAACCAGGUAUAGUUUGGAAUCUAACAUCAUCUGACAGAGACGGCGAUGUUGACCCAGUAUAUGUCAUUGUAAAUCAAAGUAAUGCAGGAAUAUUUGAGAUCAAUUACGCAAAUACAUCAGUUAUCACCAAUACAUCAUUUGACUAUGAAUCGCAAACAAUGUAUACCUUUGAAGUCGAGGCAACAGAUAAGUCGUCUUUGAAACUAUCAUCAACAGCCACAUUUACUGUGUCAGUUGUUGAUGAAAAUGACGUAACCCCAGAGUUCACCUCAAACGCUGUGGUCCAGCUGCAGGAAGAUACUCCUCUAAAUACAAUAGUGUACAUAGCCAAUGCAACUGACGAGGACACUGUAGGUUCUACAUCCUAUUCAAUAAUAGGCGGAAAUGACAACAUCUUCGAGAUCGAUGACGUCAGUGGUAACAUCACACUUAUUACAGUAUUGAAUGCUUCUGCAACAUUGACACAUUUACUUACUCUACAGGCUAAUGAUACUGUGAACGUAGCGACGUUUAAUGUAACAUUUACACUGAGUACAGCGCCUGUUAUGGUAAUUCCUAAGCAAGUUACAGUUGUUGAAGGCGUUUCUAUAGGAUCUGAUGUUGUAACGUUGAACUCGACAGAUCUUAAUGGUGACACUGAUCCAGUUUACGAAAUCAUUAAUCAAAGUGUACCUGGCACAUUCAAGAUCAACGAAAAUAAUACAAAACUUGUCACUAAUGUUUCCAUUGAUUACGAAUCAGUGAAGAAUUUUACAGUUACUGUUAGAGUAACUGAUACCUCUCCAUUUGGAAAGUCGUCAACAUCAGAAUUUACAGUUUCCGUAGUUGAUGCUAACGAUGAAACUCCAGUAUUUACUUCUGCCAAUUCCACUGACAUUCCAGAAACUACAAAUAUUGAAACUGUUAUCUACACCGCCACAACGGAGGACAUAGACACAAUUGGAACAGUAUCUUACGCAAUUAUAGACGGGAAUCCAAACAGUGUGUUUGACAUCAAUGCAGACAACGGCAGUGUGACUCUUAAGUCAGCACUAAGUCCGACUACAGUAGAGAAUGUAACAUAUAACCUUGUUAUACAAGCGAAUGAUUCAGUGAACACAGCAACACUCAAUUUCACUGUCAGUGUUAAAACAGCUCCAGCUGUGCAUGUCGUCGAUAUAAAUCUUCGCGAGGAUGUCAAUACAACCGGUACAUACACUGUAUGGGCAAUAAAUUCAACUGAUGCAGAUGGCGACGAAGAUACAACAUUUACAAUAGUUUCGCAGAGUUCUCCGGAUACAUUUGAGAUCAGUACCGAAAAUGCGAUAGUUACUAACACGUCGUUUGAUUUCGAAAUAACCAAAAACUACACAAUUGUUAUAAACGCCACAGACUCUUCCAUAUUCCAGUUAUCAUCAACAGUAACUCUAACGAUCUUUAUAACGGAUGUAAAUGACGUAACACCUACAUUUACGUCAGAUACGUCCCUUGUCGUGCUGCAAACUACCGCACUAGGUACAAUACUUUAUAAUGCCUCUGCAGAAGACAUAGACACGGUGGGAAAUAUGACAUAUACGAUAACAGAUGGAAACCGGAACAACGACUUUAGUAUCGAUCCCAUUACCGGCGAGCUGACGCUCCAGAACAACUUAGAUCCACAGGCGGUAUCAGACGUAGUAUAUAGUCUUGUAAUAGAGGCAAAUGAUACAAAAAAUACAGCUUACCUGAAUCUUACAGUUGAUGUGAAAACAGUGCCAUAUCUAAAUGUUACUGAUAUGAACGUAACAGAAAAUACUGACACAAGUGGUCCUUUCAACGUCUGGACUAUUGAAUGGAUUGAUUUAGAUGGUGAUAAGAAUCACACAUUUGCCGUCGUCAAUGAAAGUGUACCUGGUACAUUCGAGAUUACGAAUGGAGUCCUAGAAACGAACGUGACAUUAGACUACGAAACAGUAAAAAAUUACACAGCAACCAUAAGUAUUACUGAUGAACACGGAUUGUCGUCUGCUGAUACAAUUACUCUAUCCAUCCUUGACCAAAACGACGUGACUCCCAUGUUUACAAGUAACAAUACCUUGGAUCUGUCGGAAGAAACAAAACUUGGAGUAGUUGUGUACACUGUUUCAACAAUAGACCCGGACACUGUAGGAAUGAUAGAAUAUUCAACUACGGAUCUCAAAUUUAGCCUGAAUGCAAGCACAGGAGUUCUGACGUUAGACAAUGCUUUAGACUUUGAAACAACCCCAUCAUUCAGUGUUGAGAUUACAGCCAACGAUAGUAUUAAUGUGGCAACCUUCAAUUUAACUGUCAACGUGAAGACAAUGCCAGUAAUUAAUGCAUUCCAAAUUAACAUCACGGAGAACAAUGAACCAGGUGCAGUUUGGAAUUUAACAUCAUCUGACAGAGACGGCGAUGUUGACCCAGUAUACUUUGUUGUAAAUCAAAGUGACGCAGGAAUAUUCGAUAUCAAUGACGCAAAUACAUCAGUUAUCACCAAUACAUCAUUUGACUUUGAAUCGCACACAAUAUAUACCUUUGAAGUGGAGGUAACAGAUAAGUCAUCUUUGAAACUAUCAUCAACAGCCACAUUUACGGUAUCUGUUGUAGAUGAAAAUGACGUAACCCCAGAAUUCACUUCAAGCGCUAGGGUCCAGCUGCAGGAGGAUACUCCUUUAAAUACAAUAGUGUACAUAGCCAAUACCACUGACAAGGACACUGUAGGUUCUACAUCCUAUACAAUAAUAGACGGAAAUGACAACAUCUUCGAGAUUGAUGAUGUCAGUGGUAACGUCACACUUAUUACAGCAUUGAAUGCUUCUGCAACAUUGACACACGUACUUACUCUACAGGCUAAUGAUACUGUGAACGUUGCGACAUUCAAUGUAACAUUUGCACUGAUUACAGCGCCUGUUAUGGUAAUUCCUGAUCAAGUUACAGUUGUUGAAGGCGUUUCUAUAGGAUCUGAUAUAAUAACGUUGAACUCGACUGGUCUUGAUGGUGAUAUUGAUCCAGUUUACGAAAUCAUUAAUCAAAGUGUACCUGGCGCAUUCAAGAUAAACGAAAAUAAUACAAAACUUGUCACUAAUGUUUCCAUUGAUUACGAGUCAGUGAAGAAUUUUACAGUUACCGUUCGCGUAACUGAUACCUCUCCAUUUGGAAAGUCGUCAACAUCAGAAUUUACAGUUUCCGUAGUUGAUGCUAACGAUGAAACUCCAGUAUUUACGUCUGCCAAUUCCACUGAGAUUCCAGAAAGUACAAAUAUUGAGAGUGUUAUCUACACCGCCACAACAGAGGACAUAGACACAAUUGGAACAGUAUUUUACGCAAUUAUAGACGGGGAUCCAAACAGUGUGUUUGAAAUCAAUACAGACAACGGCAGUGUGACUCUAAAGUCAGCACUAAGUCCGACUACAGUAGAGAAUGUAACAUAUAACCUUGUUAUACAAGCGAAUGAUUCAGUGAACACAGCAACACUCAAUUUCACUGUCAGUGUUAAAACAGCUCCAGUUGUGCAUGCCGUCGAUAUAAAUCUUCGCGAGGAUGUCAAUACAACCGGUACAUACACUGUAUGGGCAAUAAAUUCAACUGAUGCAGAUGGCGACGAAGAUACAACAUUUACAAUAGUUUCGCAGAGUUCUCCGGAUACAUUUGAGAUCAGUACUGAGAAUGCAAUAGUUACUAACACGUCGUUUGAUUUUGAAAUAACCAAAAACUACACAGUUGUUAUAAACGCCACAGACUCUUCCGUAUUCCAGUUAUCAUCAACAGUAACUCUAACGGUCUUUAUAACGGAUGUAAAUGACGUAAUGCCUACAUUUACGUCAGAUACGUCCCUUGUCGUGCUGCAAACUACCGAACUAGGUACAAUACUUUAUAAUGCCACUACAGAAGACAUAGACACGGUGGGAAAUGUGACAUAUACGAUAACAGAUGGAAACCGAAACAAUGACUUUAGUAUCGAUCCCAUUACCGGCGAGCUGACACUCCAGAACAACUUAGAUCCACAGAUGGUAUCAGACGUAGUAUAUAGUCUUGUAAUAGAGGCAAAUGAUACAAAAAAUACAGCUUACCUGAAUCUUACAGUUGAUGUGAAAACAGUGCCAUAUCUAAUUGUUACUGAUAUAAACGUAACGGAAAAUACUGACACAAGUGGUCCUUUCCACGUCUGGACUAUUGAAUGGAUUGAUUUAGAUGGUGAUGAGAAUCACACAUUUGCCAUCGUCAAUGAAAGUGCACCUGGUACAUUCGAGAUUACGAAUGAAAUCCUAGUAACGAACGUGACAUUAGACUACGAAGCAGUGGAAAAUUAUACAGCAACCAUAAGUAUUACUGAUGUACAUGGAUUGUCGUCUGCUGCUACCAUUACUCUAUCCGUUCUUGACCAAAACGACGUGACUCCCAUGUUUACAAGUAACAAUACCCUGGAUCUAUCGAAAGAAACAAAAAUUGGAGCAGUUGUGUACACUGUUUCAACAACAGACCCGGACACUGUAGGAAUAAUAGAAUAUUCAACUAUGGAGAUCAUAUUUAGCCUGAAUGCAAGCACAGGAGUUCUGACGUUAGACAAUGCUUUAGACUUUGAAACAACCCCAUCAUUCAGUGUUGAGAUUACAGCCAACGAUAGUGUUAAUGUGGCAACCUUCAAUUUAACUGUCAACGUGAAGACAAUGCCAGUGAUUAAUGCAUUCCAAAUUAACAUUACGGAGAACAAUGAACCAGGUGUAGUUUGGAAUCUAACAUCAUCUGACAGAGACGGCGAUGUUGACCCAGUAUACUUUGUUGUAAAUCAAAGUGACGCAGGAAUAUUCGAUAUCAAUGACGCAAAUACAUCAGUUAUUACCAAUACAUCAUUUGACUUUGAAUUGCAAACAAUAUAUACAUUUGAAGUCGAGGUAACAGAUAAGUCGUCUUUGAAACUAUCAUCAACAGCCACAUUUACUGUAUCUGUUGUAGACGAAAAUGACGUAACCCCAGAGUUCACUUCAAGCGCUAAGGUCCAGCUGCAGGAAGAUACUCCUUUAAAUACAGUAGUGUACAUAGCCAAUACCACUGACGAGGACACUGUAGGUUCUACAUCCUAUUUAAUAACAGGCGGAAAUGACAACAUUUUCGAGAUCGAUGACGUCAGUGGUAACAUCACACUUAUUACAGCAUUGAAUGCUUCUGCAAAAUUGACACACGUACUUACUCUACAGGCUAAUGAUACUGUGAACGUAGCGACAUUCAAUGUAACAUUUACACUGAGUACAGCGCCUAUCAUGGUAAUUCCUGAUCAAGUAACAGUUGUUGAAGGCGUUGCUAUAGGAUCGGAUGUAUUAACGUUGAACUCGGCAUAUCUUUAUGGUGACACUGAUCUAGAUUACGAAAUCAUAAAUCAAAGUGUACCUAAAACAUUCAAGAUAAACGAGAAUAAUACAAAACUUGUCACUAAUGUUUCCAUUGAUUACGAAUCAGUGAAGAAUUUUACAGUUACUGUUAGAGUGACUGAUACAUCUGCCAUUGGAAAGUCGUCAACAUCAGAAUUUACAGUUUCCGUAGUUGAUGCUAACGAUGAAACUCCAGUAUUUACUUCUGCCGAUUCCACUGACAUACCAGAAACUACAAAUAUUGAGACUGUUAUCUAUACCGCCACAACGGAGGACGUAGACACGAUUGGGACAGUAUCUUACGCAAUUAUAGACGGGAAUCCAAACAGUGUGUUUGACAUCAAUGCAGACAACGGCAGUGUGACUCUUAAGUCAGCACUAAGUCCGACUACAGUAGAGAAUGUAACAUAUAACCUUGUUAUACAAGCGAAUGAUUCAGUGAACACAGCAACACUCAAUUUCACUGUCAAUGUUAAAACAGCUCCAGUUGUGCACGUUGUCGAUAUAAAUCUUCGCGAGGAUGUCGAUACAGCCGGUACAUACACUGUAUGGGCAAUAAAUUCAACUGAUGCAGAUGGCGACGAAAAUACAACAUUUACAAUAGUUUCGCAGAGUUCUCCGGAUACAUUUGAGAUCAGUUCCGACAAUGCAAUAGUUACUAACGCGUCGUUUGAUUUCGAAAUAACCAAAAACUACACAGUUGUCAUAAACGCCACAGACUCUUCCGUAUUCCAGUUAUCAUCAACAGUAACUCUAACGGUCUUUAUAACGGAUGUAAAUGACGUAACACCUACAUUUACGUCAGAUACGUCCCUUGUCGUCCUGCAAACUACCGAAAUAGGUACAAAACUUUAUAAUGCCACUACAGAAGACAUAGACACGGUGGGAAAUGUGACAUAUACAAUAAUAGAUGGGAACCGGAACAAUGUCUUCAGUAUAGAACCUAAAACCGGCGGGCUUACACUCCAGAACAACCUAGAGCCACAGAUGGAGUCAGAAGUAGUGUAUUUUCUUUUUAUAGAGGCAAACGAUACAGAAAAUACAGCUUACCUCAAUCUUACAGUUGAUGUGAAAACAGUGCCAUACCUAAUUGUUACUGAUAUGAACGUAACGGAAAAUACUGACACAAGUGAUCCUUUCCACGUCUGGACUAUUGAAUGGAUUGAUUUAGAUGGUGACGAGAAUCACACAUUUGCCAUCGUCAAUGAAAGUGCACCUGGUACAUUCGAGAUCACUAAUGGAAUCCUAGUAACGAACGUGACAUUAGACUACGAAGCAGUGAAAAAUUAUACAGCAACCAUAAGUAUUACUGAUGUACACGGAUUGUCGUCUGCUGAUACAAUUACUCUGUUCGUCCUUGACCAAAACGACGUGACUCCCAUGUUUACAAGUAACGAUACCUUAGAUCUGUCGGAAGAAACCGAAACUGGAGCAGUUGUGUACACAGUUUCGACAACAGACCCGGACACUGUAGGAUCUAUAGAAUAUUCAAUUAUGGAUGUCAUUUUUAACCUGAAUGCCAGCACAGGAGAUCUCACGUUGGCACAUGCUUUAGACUUUGAAACAACCCCAUCCUUCACUGUUAAGAUUACAGCCAACGACAGUGUUAAUGUUGCAACCUUCAAUUUAACUGUCAACGUGAAGACAAGGCCUGAUAUAAAUUUUACCGGUGUAAAUGUUGAAAUCUCCGAGAAUGAAGAUACAUCAGACUUCUUUGUGCUACUGAAUUUAACCUCCACAGACCGAGACGGUGACCCUAACCCACAAUAUGACAUUAUUUCUGAAAGUGUACCUGGCACCUUUGUGAUAAACGAUGAUAAACUACAAACUAACGCUUCAUUUGAUUACGAACAAUUACAGAGCCACUCUGUUAACAUUAGGGUGACUGAUUCAAGUUUAGGUUUAACGUCCAACGACACCUUAACAGUGUCAGUCACAGAUGUCAACGACAACUCCCCGAUCAUUUUAUCACCAACUACGUUGGAAUUACGCGAGGACACACCCACUGGUACACUUGUAUACAGAGUUCUGGCAAUAGAUAAUGACUCAAUUGGAAAUUUAUCUUUUUCAAUAAAAGAUGGCAAUACAAACAAUGAUUUCGGCAUUGACGCAGACAGCGGUAAUGUGACACUCGACAACGCAUUAAAUGCAUCGGCACAAAUUAGUUACAGCCUUGGUAUUGAAGCCAGUGACGGUAUGCUCACAGAUACUAUAACUCUAGCAGUUGCUGUCAAAACAGCGCCCAUCUUGGUGUUCCCGGAUUCCAAUGUAACACUUGCCGAAGGUACUUAUGCGGGCCUGAACUUUUCUGUCUUAACGCUUAACUCAACUGACCUUGAUAAUGACCCGAAUCCUUGGAACGAACUGGUGUCGCAAAAUGUUCCGGGGACCUUCUUUCUCAGCGAAGACAAUAAACAGCUUUUAACGUCUGCAGAUUUUAACUACACAGCUUUGAAUAUAUAUGAAGUAACACUCAGAGUAACAGAUUCAUCCGAUUUUAACAUGACUUCAUCAAGAACUUUAACAGUGUAUAUAACUGAUACCAAUAACCUGCCGCCAGAAUUUACCUCUCCAUCUACACUUGUCAUUCCGGAAAAUCAAGCCACGGGUUCCAUAGUGUACACGGCAGUUGCCGUCGACAAGGACAUUGUAGGAGAGAUAUCUUAUUUUAUACUCAGUGGGAAUACCAAUAACGAUUUUGACCUUGACCCAGAGAGCGGGAACUUAACAUUAGUCAAUGCGUUAAGACCGUCUGACAACUUGCAGUAUGUACUUGAAAUACAAGCUAACGAUACACUAAACACAGCCACCUUGGAGCUGACUGUUGAUGUCAAAUCAAUUCCAGUUAUUGCAGGCGACAACUUGACGAUUGUCGAAACUACUGAUACCUCGGGGACCUAUGUUGUUUUGGAACUGACUUCCAGAGAUCUAGACAAUGAUACUGAUCCUGGAUAUACCAUCAUAUAUCAGAGUGUUAAUGGCACAUUUGAGAUCACAAACGGAACGCUUCUGACCACAACUGCAAUCUUUGACGAUGAGACCAGCUAUGAAAUAGUUGUACAGUAA